AUGGCUGCUCCACGUGCUUCCUCAUUCAAGGCCCUGCGUAACCUCCAGAAGGCUUCUGGCACCACCGUCGCAACCAGCAAACGCUCCUUGCACCUGACUGGCGCCCAAGCUUCCCCAAGUCCAAUCGAUCCUACCCACAAAACAACGUACACCCCAUGGACUCUACAAGAUCUACGCGGAGAGUGCAACAAGCGGACACUGUCUGCUUCGGGUACUAAGCAUGAGUUGAUCGACCGGCUUGCUGGCCACGACAGCCUCCAAGCCCGCGCUUUCUCUAUGGCUAUGCGGAAGAUUGCUCGGCAUGAGACCAGGAAGCCUGUGAGCAGCACACCUGAAAGUCCAUCCCGGCACUUCAAUACCUCCCGAGCCAACAAGUCGGUCGGUGACACGUCUACGGUCGACUUUGCCUAUUUCCCCAAGCUCUUCGCGCCUGAGUUCAAUCCCGAGCCAGCUGCGAUCCGAGUGCCCAUCCUGCCCAAUGUCCACAGCGAUGAUGCAGAGGCCAACCUCCAGCGCUACCCAGAACUCGAUUCAGCUGCAGGGGGCUACCAGGAUACCGAAGCUGGACACAACCUGAUGAAGCCCCAGAUCUCGGCCAUCGACUCGAGUGGUGUGUCUGCCAUGUCAGAUGUCCACGACGGACAUCAGAGUGCUGGCGAGAUGACGGUAGAUGCACUGACUAAUCUCACCGAGACUGUCAGCAAGAGUGCUCGUCAAUUCGUCGAUGCAGGAGCGCAAAAGCAAACCACCAUGAGUCAGGUCUGGAACGGGUUCCUGGAUGAUUUGCUAGGUCCUAAAUCGGCCAAGGCUUGA